AUGCCGAUAGCCAUUCAGAUUAAUCAGGAACCAAGUCCUGAGAAUCCAAUAUGGACACCACAUGAGCCAAAUGAACAUGACUGGAUGUUGGCGAAAUUUUGGCUUGGUGUUUCUGAGUCAAAUUUCCACCAGGUAUAUACAAUGUGUUUGUAAGAACAGUAGUUUCAUAAUUUCCCUGGAUGUAAAUAUAAAAGCUAUCUAUAUUGGUACUUCUGUGCAUUAUAAAAUUAUCUUCGUCUCGCUUCGAAUUCCUACUAACACUUGUACGGAACUUUAUGACUACUACAUAUUAGUAUCAUUUUACUCUUCAAUUAUGUGCCGUGGAUCCUGAACCCUUUAUCCAUAUGAACAGGAAUCCAUUCGUUUGUUAAUUUUCCUUAUUCAUUCAUUCAAAAUUUCGGCUUUUGUUUUUUCAUUUUUCUUUACACUUCCCGCUAUUUAUCCAAUUUAAUCUAUUAUAGCCUAACCUGAAAGCAAUAGCUUUGGUUAAUUUUGUAUUAAGCAUGGUAUGAGACAGAUCUUGCCAUUCUACUCAAGUAACAAAUAGCUUUCCAGAAUUUGUAAAUUGCAGUUGAAAUACCAGGGUGUAAUGGGAUUAUUAGCUAGAAUGUCAGCAAAAUUCUAGUCUCCCAGUGGUUAUCAGGAUGUAAAUAAAAGUUCGAGUUCAUUUACAGUUGUGAUAAAUAGUAUACUUUCCAAAAUGCUGUUUUAUAGUCAGUCAACAUGUUUUAUUAUUUAUUAGUCAAAUCUAAAGAAAAUUUCUGUGACCAGUUAAUCGUUUUCAGCAUGAGAACAUCUUAUUUUAUCUUCAUCAUUUUUUUCUUCUCUUUCAGCUCUGUACUCAUUUACUGAGAACUCAUUUGACUACUGAAUCAUUUGCCUUAUCAACAUGGCGAAAUCUGGCAUCACCUCAUCCAGUAUUUAAAUUGCUGCAACCUCACAUCUAUGGUGUCCUUGCCAUUGAUACCAUUGGUCGAAAGGAGUUGAUUGGCUCAGGUGGAAUCGUCGAUCAAUCUCUGUCCUUGGGUGGGGGUGGCCAUGUUAAGUUCAUAGAGGAAUGUUUCAAACAGGUAAACCAUCACACGCACAUGAAAAACUACUCCACAAUAUUCUUUUGUUUUUAGCCCUGGUUUCAGAGUUAAUUUCAGACGGAGAAAAUGAACUUGUUACAUUGGUGUAAAAAACAAGGGUCCCUAAACCUGUCAGUUUUUGUAUAAAUAUUUUAUUGUUCAAGUUGCAUCAUCCCUAGUUCUUGCUUCUUCAGGGAAAAAAUGUAUGUACUUUUUUUUUCUUUCCAUCAUCUUAGGUCAAUCUUCAAGAUUACAACCUUCCAAAUGCGUUAAAGAAGCGCGGCGUUGACGAUCCAUCCAAACUGCCAGGAUAUUACUACCGAGACGACGGUCUAGCUCUGUGGGAAGCCAUUAAAGCAUUUGUUGGUGAUAUCAUUGGUAUUUUCUACAAAAAUGAUGAUGACGUGAAACGAGAUAACGAGAUUCAGAGCUGGAUCUAUGAUGUCCACAAGAAUGGUUGGCGUGUUAACCCUGGCCAUCAAGAUCACGGAGUCCCAACUUCAUUUGAAAGUCGAGAGCAACUAAUUGAAGUUCUUACAUCACUCAUCUUUACUUUCUCCUGCCAACAUGCUGCAGUUAAUUUCAGUCAGAAAGAUCACUAUGGAUUCACUCCUAAUGCUCCAACUAUCCUGCGAAAGCCACCGCCGAAGAAGAAAGGAGAGGCGACGCUGAAGUCAAUUAUGUCAACCUUGCCAAAUAAAGGUCAAGCAAGCAAAGCUAUUGCAACUGUUUAUAUUCUGACAAAGUUUUCUGAGGACGAGGUAAGUUGUAGAAAGCAAUAAAUCCCUGGUAAGAAGUAAGCUAUUUUCAAGUUGCUACCCAAACUUAACUCCCUUGGUCCAAUUUUCCUGUCCUUUAUGACUGUUAUUUGAACACGCAAUUCAAAAUUAUUCAUGUGCGCGCGUACAUGAACGUUUAUGGACUUGCGUGAACAUAAAUGAUUUUAAAUCCGUGUCACAGAGUAUAGAUAUACAGAGACGUAACUGACCGUCGUAAACACUGUGGAAGAUUACGUUAUCAUGUACCCACUUUUUUUCAGGCGACCGGGCGAAAAAUGAUUAACUGCGCGUGCUCAGCAAGUUUAAAGUGAGUCGUCUUCAGUGAACUUCAAGUCGUCAUCCAAUCAGAUGCAUGCAUCUAGUAACUUGCCGAGCAUGCGCACAAAAAAAGUGGGUACACUAGUUACGUCUCUGUAUGUCUCUACUCUGUGUCCGUGUGCAAUUGACAGUUGUAACAACAUUUUUCACAUGAAACAACAAUUAUUCAUAUAGCCUUAUAUUGUAAAAGCCACAACAUGAUUAUAGUAAGAGCUUGAUGAUGAGCAGUAAAACAACCUGAAAAGUUGCAACUAUAAAAAAUAUUAGACAUUUGUAUAAUUCUGGAAUUUAAAAAAAAAAUUAAAUGUUACGAAUAAAGGUGAAACGAAUGCAAGAAAUUUUAUUGACGUUGAGGUUGGUAAUAAAUGUUUCUGUGUAUUACAGCGCUAUCUGGGCAACUACAGCGCCACAGCCUGGGAAGACAAUGAUGCUCUUGACGCAAUUAGCCGUUUCCAGGAUAAUCUUGAAGACAUUUCAAUGAAGAUAAAAGAACGAAAUGCAAAUUUGGAAGUUCCAUACACGUAUCUUCUUCCUGAAUGUAUUCCUAAUGGAACGGCGAUCUAA